AUGUGCAUGCACACAAUGAUUUUACUGGGUUUUGUGUGGUUUAGUCUGCCACUUCUUGUGGCCCUUGCCUCACCAACCCCUGCUUCGAAUGAUGAGAGAGGCCCCUGUCAAAUCUACAACUCUGGUCGCUCCGCAAACUGCCUUGGUCAGCAACUGGAUCAUGUUCCAUGGAAGCACCUCCCUUCCACGCUUGAAAGUAUAGAUCUCUCCUACAAUGAAAUUCAUGCCAUUCGUGUUAAUUACUUUUCUCGCCUACCUCAUCUUCGUGUCCUCGAGCUGCAGUUCAACAACAUCUCUGUGAUUGAGGACCGUGCCUUCCACAACAACCCCCUCCUGGAGCAUCUUAACAUCUUUAACAACUCCCUAGAGGAAAUCCCUGCCAACGCCUUGCAGGACCUCUUCAAUCUAAGGGAACUCCUUAUGUCGAAUAACCUUUACACCCAGGCCACAUUGUCAGCUGAUGUUUUCUCCAGAUUGACCCACCUCAAGGCCCUGUCCAUGGGCGGCCCCUUGGUCAAGGGUCUAAGGAAAGGGGACUUCCAGGCAUUGAGGAACAUUCAGUUGCAGGACUUUGCCAUUAAAACUUCAUCAAAUAUCAGUUACUAUGAGCCGGGUAGUCUGAAGGUAAUCCAGACAGGUAGAAUGGGUUUUGACAUGGCCAUAGAUAGGAAGCCGAAUUUCCUACCUUUGAUUCUACGAGACUUGGCCAACAAGACUUUCAGUCUCAUCCAAUUCAGGAACCUCUUUGAGUUCAUGUAUUACAUGGGAGAUGAGGAUAUUUUCAGAGGCUUGCAAGACAUCAAAGUAGAUUCGCUCAUCUUUCACCGUGGAAAAUUCAAUGAGAACCUUAUGAGGAUGGCCCUAUUUAAUCUACAGGUCACCCCCCUUAAACGUCUGACACUUCAAUACAUUGACUUUGCUCGCUCGCCCAACUUUCUGGAUAAUGGCUUGGGAUCCAGUAUCAAAGACCUUGCACUGAGUAGACUAAAUUUGUGGCACAUCAGUAAUCCAGACAUUUUGCGAUUUGACUGGCGCUUCACAUGGUUCAACAAAGUCCGACUGCUGUCCAUCCAGAAUGUCAACUUCAACUCUGUGCCUUGCGAUGCCUGGCUUAAUAUGGAAGACAUGGAGGUUUUGGACAUCUCAAACAACCGCCUGCAGGACAACAUCCUCUUCAACCAGAAAUGUGACUACAGGGGCACCAUGCCGGCUCUUCGUUCCUUCAAUGUCAGCACCAACCAACUGACCAGCCUUAAAGACUUAGCCUCCCUGACCAGGGAGUUCAAACAGUUGAAGGUCCUGGAUGUCAGCCACAACAUGCUGGGCUCUGCUGAGAAGAGUCACAACUGUAACUGGAUGCAGAACAUCACCCUGUUGAUCGCUCACCACAACCGCUUCGAAAGUGGUGCCCUCCAGUGUCUGCCCACCACAGUACAAUUCCUGGACCUCUCGUACUGUGACCUGGACCAGCUGGACAUGGCCUACUUCCAACAAACCAUCAGCCUCAAGGAGCUCCUGCUCAAUGGGAACAAGAUCAAGUUCAUCCCCUCUGGGUGGAGAAGUCACUCCUUGCAGUCACUGGCUCUGAAUGGGAACUCAUUUGGGCUCAUCAGCAUGGGCUCCUUCCAGGACAUGCCCCAGCUGUCUCGACUGACGGCGGGGAACAACCCAUUCCACUGCACCUGCGACCUCCAUGCCUUCCUCCAGGACACAAUUUCCAAGGGGAAAGUCAACAUCACUGACUGGCCAGAGAACUACAAGUGUUACCAUCCAGAGGCCCUGCUCAAUACCGCUGUAGAAAGUUUCUUCCCGGGUCACGUGGCCUGCGAUAUCAGACUGGUCAUCAUCAUCUGUGUGGCUACUACUGCAGCUGUGGUUUUAGUGUUGAUGCUUAUAUGCUACAUAUUCAAUGUUCCCUGGUACAUCAAAGCCACAUAUCAGAUCCUCAGAGCCAAAUACAGGGCUCAUCAGGAAGGAGCAUCUGGAAAAUCACAGAUCUAUGUUUACCAUGCCUUUAUCUCCUACAGCCACCCAGAUGCAGACUGGGUCAGGGACCAGUUGUUGCCCUGCUUGGAGAACAGCAAGCCCCCCUACCGACUCUGUAUCCACGAGAGAGACUUCAUGCCAGGAAAGUGGAUCAUCGACAACAUCAUUGAAAAUAUUGAGAGCAGCGAAAAGGUCAUAUUUGUGUUGUCACACCACUUUGUGAACAGCGAUUGGUGCAACUACGAGCUCUACUUUGCCCAGCAAAGAGCCAUCGGCAAGACCUUCAGCGAUGUUAUUCUGGUGGUGAAAGAGCCCAUCGACCCUGAAUCUCUGCCCAGCAAGUAUUGUAAGCUCAAGAAGAUGCUGUACACCAAAACGUACCUAGAGUGGCCCCAGCAAGCCAAGCAGCAGACCUUCUUCUGGGCUCAACUUAGGAGCUGCCUGGGCAAGCCCACAGUGACUAGAGAGCAGGCUCUUAGUGGUAGGAGCAGCAGUGUAUCCUCAGUGGGUGCUGUGCCUGUGAUAGAGCUCCCUCUAGAGGAUGGGAAACCAGCGAUAGCUAUGCCACAUUUAGACAGAGAAGCAGAGCUCCACAAAGUAGUUCCUCAGGAGAUCGAAAAUCUUUCAGUGAGAAGUGCAGAGUUUUAUGGGCAAAGACCAAUCCAUGUAGCCGUGGCAUCAGACAAAAUAAGCCAAGCAUGUAGCUUGUAAUGUGUAUAGUGUCCCAAGACCAAUCUCUGUCUGAAGUGCUGAGCUUGCGUGACUUCUUGGCCAUGCUGUGGCAGAUAAUGUGUUUGCUAAGCUGCUGGUAGCAUUUGCAAGUGUUUCAUAAUGAUGACAGUGAAUAACAUGAUCUGUCUGCCACCCACCCUUCUGACAUGUACAGUGCUUACUCCCCCUUGAACUCUUUACAUUUUGUUGUGUUACAAAGUGGGAUUGAAAUAGAUUACAUUUUUGUGUCAUUGAUCGACACAAAAUACUCCAUAAUGUCAAAGAGAAAAAAAAUAAUAACAGAUGUAUAAGUAUUAAUUUAUAAGCACAAGUAUUCAGCUCGGGGAUUUGAUCUUUCAACCUUUUGGUUACCAGUCCAACACUCUAACCACUAGGCUACCUGCCGCCCCAUGGACUCACUCUGUGUGAAAUAAUAGGGGUUGAUGGUAUUUCUGAAUGACUACCCUUUCCUCUGUCAUCUGUAAGGUCCCUCAGUCAAGUAUUGAAUUUCAAGCACAGAUAGAACUACAAGAAGGGCAGUGAUUGGUAGAUGGUAAAAAUAACAAAUCAGACAUUGAAUAUAUCUUUAAACAUGGUCAAGUUAAUAAGUAUGCUGUGGAGGAUGUGUCAAACAACCCAGACACAACAAAGAAACAGUCGUCCUUCUGAACUGAGCUGCAGGAUAGGAAGGAAACUGUUACGGGAUGUCAACAAGCGGCCAUUGCAUUUUAAAACAACUACAGAGUUCAAUUGCUGUGAUGGGAGAAAACUGAGGAUGGAUCAACAACAUUGUAGUGACUGCACAAUAAUGACCUAAAUGACAGAGAAAAAUAAUAAUACAAAUAUACAGAAUAAAAAAUAUCCCAAAAUAUGCAUAUUUAUGCAACAAGGCACUAAAGUAAUACUGAGGGGGAAAAAACACAGCAAAGGAACACACUUUUUGGACUAAAUGCAAAGCCUUACACAUAAUGUAUGCCAUUUAGCAGACACUUUUAUCCAAAACGAAUUACAUUUUGUGUGCACAUACACAUGCCAUGUAGAAUCGUCUCUGCCAUGUCAAAAGGCACGCAAGCCACAAAUCUCAUACGAAAAAGGAACCAGUGGGGACUGGAUGUUAAAUGACAGUUGUUUAGAAUGAAAAAUGUAGCUUAUGCAAUGUAUUCAUGUCCAGUAAUAUUGAGAAAAAUGUGAUGGUCCAAAUAUUGAAAACAAUAUAAAUACAAUAAUGAAAUAUAGUUUCCUAAAUAUUUUUUACUUUUCUAUACUCUAUACAUGCUUUAAUGUACAUGUGAAUGUUAUUGUUAAUGUGAAUGGUAUUUACUAAUUAAGUAAAUAACAAAUGAGUUAAUUGCUUGCCUAAUGCAAAUGAAUUUAAGCCAAUAACUCUAAUAAAACAGUGGUGUGUUUUAUACUUGACUGUUGAGUGGGUAUUUAGAAAUAGGGAUGUGUUAAAAUGCAGUGUAAUUCUUUUUUACAAUAUCAGUGUGAAGGGCUGCUUUGUGAAACCUGGCAAUAUUUAUAACUGACCAAUAGAUGACACCCUUUUACAUGUUCAGGAAGACACUUUAAGUUUGUUUGUGUGUGUGUGUGUGUGUGUGUGUGUGUGUGUGUGUGUGUGUGUGUGUGUGUGUGUGUGUGUGUCUUGAGGAAGAGAUCAGACUUAUAUCACAGAAACUGGCAGAUGUCAGACAUGAUAUAACAAACAGCAUCUGCCUGUAGUUAUAUGCCCAGCAAGACAACAUACAUACUUUUAUUGUAUCAAGUGUUUGUUCUAUGCAACAGAAUAGAGUAUUCUUAACUAUUGUAUGUGUGUUCUACUGAGGAUGGGCCUCUGGGAGAUAACACUGACAGGAGAUUUAUAAUGUAUUUUGGGUGAUAAAACCUAAAGAGCAUUCCAGAGCAAUGAGUUAAUGCUUCUGUUCUAUAUGGUACCAGGGAGAGAUGGUUCCAGUUUGGAGUCGGAGGGACAGACACUGGUCUCUAUACAAUGAAAACUGUUGACACAGCAGAUACUGUCUGCUAUGUAUUAUAGGUAUCUUUCAUACAGAUCUUAACCUUGUGACCCAUUCUAUAUAUCUGUUGUUCGUCAUGUAGGUUGAAAGGGGUGUGUCUUGGCUAUAAAAUACCUUUGUACUUUUGUCUCGGGGCUCUCAACGAAUCAUUUGAUCGUGAAUA